AUGGCGACCCCGUCCGCCUUGCCGCCAUUACCGUUCAACCCUACCAGGGUGAGAUCGUAUGUGCUCCGAUUACCACUUUUCACACGCCUUGUGCUAUUGGUCAUCGUUGCAUUUUGGUUGCUCGAGUUACAAACUAUAUGGAGUGUGGUACAAUGGGGGUCAUUGACGCCGAAUGAGAUCGGAAUCGGUAGCAUGUACCGACUAAACACCUAUCCAUUUAUUCACGUCGGCUUUUUUCACGCUUUCGUGAAUCUGCUAGCCCUCACACCGUUGCUGGAGCGAUUCGAAGCUGAGCAUGGUACAUUGACUGCAGUAGCUUUAUUCAUUGGCCCUCUCUCAACCUUCCCUGCCGGUAUAUACAUCCUGAUUGAGAAAUUCAUCCUGCACAGCAACACUGCUGUGGUUGGAGCAAGUGUCUGGAUUUUCCUACUGCUGGGCUCCGAAGCUAUAAAGACGUUUAAGUCAAACCCAUACUUCAGUCUUGGGACGACGAAGAUUCCGACAUGGACGUCACCGCUGUUCGCAUGUGGUCUUGUAUCGAUAUUCGUGCCGAACACGAGCUUCUUGGGCCACCUGAGCGCUAUUUUAAUAGGCUAUCUACUCGGCCUCGGGUAUCUCAAGGUGUUCGUUCCACCAGAGAAGAUUCUGAGAUGGAUUGAGGGAAAGCUGAACCUCCUGGGACGACUGCCACAUUAUGUCUCAGUAGAUCAGAAGACCUAUGGUCGUUAUGGUGUUCUUCCUACGGCGACGGCGGCCGUACCGGGUGAGAGGCCCACUCCUCUGAGCUAUCUGGGCACGAAUCAGCGCCUCGGUCCUUGA